GGCUGUUUCACAGUGAAAAUAUGCUCAGUGCAGCCGAGUGCAUGAAUGAAAAAGCCUCCGGUACCGUCUAGUCUGGCAAAAUGCAGCACAAAACUCAACUUACUCUGCCCUUUCUACUAUCCCAGGUGCUGUUGCUUGUAUUUGCAGAAGAUUUAGAAUGCAUCCCCGGAUUCCAGCAAAAGGUUUUUCAUAUUGAACAGCCAUCUGAAUUCACAGAGGACCAGCCAAUUCUGAACUUGGUGUUUGAUGACUGCGAGGGGAAUGACAAGUUGAACUUUGAAGUUUCUAACCCAGACUUUAAGGUGGAACCCAAUGGAUCUUUAGUUGCACUGAAAAAUAUAACUGAAGCUGGCCGAGCUUUGUUCAUCCAUGCUCGGUCUGCCCAGGCUGAAGAUAUGGCAGAAGUUCUAAUUGUCGGAGGGAAAGACCAUCAUGGCUCUUUAAAGGAAAUCUUUAAGAUUGAAGAUGGCAGUCUUGGAAUUCUAAGACAAAAAAGGGCCAUUGUGGCAACACCAAUAUUAAUUCCAGAAAAUCAGAGACCGCCAUUCCCCAGAGCCGUGGGCCGGGUUAUCGACAGCGACGGAACAGAGGGAUCAAAGUUUCGACUUUCUGGAAAGGGAGUGGAUCAAGAGCCAAAAGGAGCAUUCAAAAUCAAUGAGAACACUGGGGAAAUCUCGGUGACACGGUCCCUUGAUAGAGAAGCAAUUCCCACUUAUCAACUGCAAGUUGAGAUCACUGAUGUCAGCGGCAAAAGUAUUGAAGGCCCAGUCCUUCUAGAUAUCAUUGUUAUUGACCAGAAUGACAACAGACCCAUCUUCAGGGAAGGACCAUACGUUGGACAUGUCAUGGAAGGGUCACCUACAGGAAGCACUGUGAUGCGCAUGAUGGCCUUUGACGCUGAUGACCCUGCUACAGACAAUGCUCUUUUGAGGUAUAAUAUCCUUAAGCAGACUCCUGACAAACCAUCUCCAAAUAUGUUCUUCAUUGAUCCAGAGAAAGGAGACAUUGUCACAGUGGUAUCACCUGCAUUGUUGGACCGUGAGACGAUGGAAAACCCUAAGUACGAGCUUAUUAUAGAAGCGAAGGACAUGGCUGGUCUUGAUGUGGGAUUAAUUGGCACAGCGACAGCUACCAUUGUCAUCGAUGACAAAAAUGAUCACCCACCAGAAUUCACCAAGAAAGAGUUCCACGCCACAGUAAAGGAAGGAGUCACGGGAGUGAUGGUGAAUUUAUCGGUUGAAGACCGCGAUGACCCAGCAACAGGAGCCUGGAGAGCUGUGUAUACUGUUAUCAAUGGAAACCCAGGACAGAGUUUUGAAAUCCAUACCAAUCCAAAGACGAAUGAGGGGAUGCUCUCUGUUGUCAAACCUUUAGACUACGAGAUCUCAGCAUUCCACACACUGCUGAUCAAAGUAGAAAAUGAAGACCCGCUGGUUCCAGACAUAGCCUACGGCCGCAGUUCUACAGCAACAGUUCAGAUCACUGUUCUGGAUGUAAACGAAGGCCCUGUUUUCCACCCAGACCCAAUGACAGUGACCAAACAAGAAAACAUUCCCAUAGGCAGUGUUGUGUUAACAGUAAGCGCCACAGAUCCAGAUAUCUUGCAACACCAGACUAUUGGGUAUUCUGUUUACAAGGAUCCAGCAGGAUGGCUGGAAAUUAAUCCUACAAAUGGUACCAUUUUCACCACUGCUUUCCUGGAUCGUGAAUCACCCUAUGUCCACAACAACGUCUAUACAGCACUGUUUCUGGCAAUUGACAGUGGCAACCCUCCUGCAACCGGCACGGGAACCUUACAGAUAACUCUGGAAGACGUCAAUGACAAUGCCCCCGCCAUUUAUCCAACGUUGGCAAAAGUCUGUGAUGACGCAAAAGAUCUCAGGGUAGUGGUCUUGGGGGCAUCAGAUAAGGACCUUCACCCUAACACAGAUCCAUUCAAGUUUGAACUGAGUAAACAGUCUGGCCCAGAUAAAGUGUGGAAAAUCACCAAGAUCAACAACACUCAUGCCCAGGUCAGCCUGCUUCAAAACCUGAAGAAGGCCAAUUACAACAUCCCAAUCUUGGUGACAGAUUCCGGAAAACCGCCUCUGACUAACAAUACCGAACUGAAAGUACAAGUGUGUUCCUGCAAGAAAUCCAAAAUGGACUGCAGUGCAGCCAAUGCCCUUCAUAUCAGCAUGAUCCUAAUCCUUCUCUUUUCACUCUUCAGUUUAUUUUGUCUGUAAGAACUCCUGACAUUUGAAGCUGUCCUACCGAGUUGCCAUGGCAACAAGAAAAGGAAAACAUCAAAUCUGAAGAUCGCAGUUUACAGUUACUGUUCUUCACUACUAGGCCUCAGUUGCUCCAGAUUCAGUUUAAUUUGCAACCUCACUUAGUCUAUCCGACUGUACGUCAGUGUUUGACAACCUCUGCCCUUACUGUUGUUCAAUAAUGGAUUUCUCUUGCAAGAUGCAAGGUUUAUGCGAAUUUUCACUGAAUGUUAAAAGACCAUGACAUCUCAACUUGACCUUCUGGGAGCUGAAUAUAGAAUGACUCCAUUUUUUUUCUAUCUGUUGACUUGUUGCUAUUCAACUGUUCAAAAACAAAUAUUUUGUCUGUGGGUUGGUAUUUGUAUAUGUAUGAAUGUAUGUGUGUAUAUAUAUUUAUAUGCAGAGAAGAGAUACACAAUAGGGUUAGCUUUUAUGAGACAGUUGCCUGAAGUUUGGGAGGAACAGGGCAGAGUAACAGAGCCACAGGUGAGUUAUAAUUGUCCUAUCAUAGCUAA